AUGAAAUGUGUUCAAGCUCUGGCCCAUUCCGACCUGCUUCUUGUUUGGCCUGGUUUCAACAUUAAUGUUCAGCAAGAUGCUCAUGAGUUCCUGUUGAAACUACUUGAGCAGGUCAGACAUGAUUUCUGCAGAGAAACAAAAUUGAGUGUUGAGGAAGUUGACAUACACAAAUACCCUCUGGGUACUGUAUUUGCUGGAUGGUUACAAACUUCAGGUUUUUGCAAAUGUACCCGGAGCACUAAAGUAUAUGAAUUGGUCGAUCAUCUUAACUUACCGUUGUGCACCAGUGUCCAAGAAGCAUUGAGAAAGUUCACGAACACAGAGGAAGUAAAUGAUUUCAAGUGUCCAUCAUGUGACAGCAUAAAUAGUUACUCCAGAAAAAUAGAUAUAUUGCAUGAACCAGAGGUUCUCAUUUUACAACUAAAAAGAUUUGACUCCUCCACUGAUGAGAAAUGUGAUGAUUGUGUCACCAUAGACAUGGACAUUGUCAUCAAUGAGGCCUCUUUUACGUUUGUCAGUUGUGUGGCUCACUUAGGGCCUUCCAGGAAAAACGGCCAUUACAUCUGCAUCACUAGAUGCCCAGAUGGCUCUUUUGUACAAUUUAAUGACCAUAAUGUUUCCAAAACGUUGUGUGCACCACUAUCUCUUAUGUCAAGGAAUGGAUAUUUGAUUUUUUAUAAGAGAAAUCCUGUUGAGUCAAAAUUGCCACAGUCCUUGGGUUCGCUUUUGGUGAGGAAUGAGCCUUUGGCUACAAGCACUCCCAACAAAGUAACACCAUUAAAAAUCAAGAGGAGGCAUAGGCAAGGCCCAAAGGAAACAUCUUUCCAAUCAUCAAAUAUUUAUGAGCUUCAAGCAAAAUCCAGUAGGAAGCAACUCUUUAAUGAUGAGCCUUCUUCCCCGGCCCUAAACCAAGAUGGCUUAAAACGUUCCAAAGGGACAGUAACACCUAUAAAAAUUUUAAGAAGGAAAAGGAAAGAACCAAAGGAAACUUCUUUGCAAUCGUCACACAUUUAUGACCUGCAAACAAAAAAAGUGAAAGGUCAGGUUCCUACAGAUGAGCCACAUCCCUCUUCACCUGUAAAUCACAAUCACUUUCAAGGCACUCCUGUCAAAAUUACUCCUAUUAAAAUUAAGAAAAGGAAGAGGGAAGAGCCAAAGGAAAAUUCUCAGCAAUCGUCUCACAUUUAUGAGAUUAAUUCCAAACCUCUUGAGAAAUCUAAGAAAAAUUGUCUGCGUGACAAGGAGGAAGAUAUUUUUGGUCUCGAGACAGAGGUUUGUCGUGGAGUUGACAGGGCAUUUGAGGAAGACAUUUUGGGCCCCGAAUCAGACGUUUGUCAUGCAGUAGGAAGGUCAUUCAAAGAUGUUGUACUCUUACCUAAUGAGGUUCCCGGUGCAACCCUACCAUAUGCUGAGGUUAAGAAAAACUCAAUGGAUGAUUUGCGACGCUGGCUGGAAUGCUAUGGUUUUUCCAAACUUGGCAUUAAGGAUCAAUUAGUAUCAAGAGUUGAAAACGUCAUUAGAAUAAAAGGCAACAGAGCAGUGGAUCCACAGCUAGACGAAGGGAGGUGGUACACCCAAAAAAAAAACACACAGCAAACGACUUUGGUUGCAUCACAGCCUACCACAUUCCCUACCUCAGGCUGGGAUACUUUUCCUUCAAUUCAGAUCCCCAAUAUGUUCAACUAUGGGCACAUCUAUUUUUACCUCAUUGAGUCCAUGCCUGUCUACAGUGACCCAUCAUUGUCGAUUGUAGAAGAUUCGGACAGUGGUUUCUCAGACGAGGAAUCCAAUCAGGUCGUUGAUCCAUUUGCAGAUGACGCUGGAUCUAUUCAGCAUUGCAAAAAAAUAAGAAGAGGCAUGGUGUUCUUGAAAAGUGGCCAUGUAAGAAAAGUUGAGAACACUUCAAUGGGAGCUGUCUAUUUUGUACGUGCUCAAGUAAGGGCUUCCAUGAGGAUGGAUUUUUAUAAUGUGCAAGUGGCAAUCUCAACAAUGUCUGGUAAUGUGAAAAUCUGCACUUGCACGUGCAAACAACAAGCUCUUGGCAGAUGCAGCCAUGUGAGUGCCACUUUGCUGUUUAUGUGGUGUCAUAUUCAGUUAAAUGGCUAUGAUGGUAAGUCUUCUGCUGUAUCAUGAUAGGACCACUGAGAUUUUUCUAACUGAAAAAUUGUUGGCACAAGUAUUGAAAGUUCACAUUAGAUACCGAGUGUUACUAAUGCGUUGUGGCUGUUGUUAUUGGAAUCCCAUAGUUAUAUGUAAGCCACACAAUUAUCUACUGCAACAAAUUUUCAUUUAAAAAUAUUCAGGAGUCCUAUCUUAAUACUAUAUUUCCAGUCAGGUAUAAUUCAACAGAAGGGGUUGCUGAAAGUGCCCCUUUGAAUUUUUAUCUCUCUUUCUGUCUAUUUAUAAAUUUAUUUUUUGAUAAUAUGAUAUGGUUCAGAGGGAAAAGCCCUGUUUUGGAUAGUAAUUUUUGGGUGAUGAACAUAUCUAUCUAGUAAGUUAGUUUCACAUAUCACAUAUCUAAUCCCUAUUAAUCAGUAACAAUAUAUUCUGAACUACAAUUGAUACUAUCCCACUUCUCACAGCCCACAGUUGGUUAGAAAUCAUUUCACUUAGUAGUUCACUUGACAGUAUUUAAAAAAGAUUACCAAUAGAUUUGAACUUGAUUUCAUAAAAUUAUCAAAACUGACCUAUUAUCUUUAUUUUCACAAUCAUUACUCCUAAUAACUGGGACAGUGGUUUAUCCUUGCAUAAAACAUAACUGGGGAUGGUCUACCUAUACACUUCAUCUUCAUACAGGUGGAACUAUUGUCCCCUGUCUUGAUUGUCAUCCUAGAUUAGAUUUCCUCCUGCUCAGUCAUUGUUUUUACAUUUUAUGGUUUUUGGUUCAUCAUUUUGUCUUGUGUUCAGCGUUCAUCUGGAUUGGAAUUUCAUCAUCUUUCCUCUAAAUCACAUUGAUACCAUUGACAAGUUGUUUUUCCCUCCUCUCAGCGAUAGAGACAAGUAAGUUAGAAAUGUGUAUGUGUGUAGUUGGAAAGGUACACUCAUUUAAUAUUCUCUCCUCUCUUUGUAGAGUAGUUUUCUGUACUCCAGGUAGCCCUGCAGUUGAAGUGAGUAUGUGUGUGGACUAACCCUGGGUAUUUUAUGAAUAGAUGCAUGUUAUUAUAUUUUUGCAGUAAUGGUGAAUGGUGGGUGCUUUAUAAUUAUGCUUACUUUUCAGGAAUAUUAAUAUUAAUACAUGUUUCAAAUUGUAGAU